CCGACCUUCAUGUGCACCACGUCAUCCAGUUCCGAUCCGGUACUCGAGUGCUUCCGGUUGCACGAAGAACUGUUGCGGUGCGGUUCAGCCGAACAGGUGCACAACGCUACGUACACUUAUAUGGCCUCACAGGUAAGACAAUUCGCGGUGGAAAUGAUAGUAAACUGCAGGACGUCGGACGAAGUUAAGAUCAUGUUGCGAAAUCGUGACGGAUGUAGGUUUAGAGGGAAGUUCCCUUACCCGAGACUGAUCACAGCCAUGGACUACAAGCAAAAGGAGUUCGUAGCGCACACCAACAUCCAACAGGUGUUGGAGACUGCGUGGCUGGGCGAUUGGAUCGAGUGGAAGUCGUACUCGGCGACAUGGAAGUUUCUGUACCUGUUGAGGCGGUUCAUUAUGCUGCCCAUGACAGUGGUUCUGGGAAUGUUGGUGCCCAACUCGAAACUGAAUCAGUUCAAUCGGUUGCCGAUCAACCGGAUGUUCAACAGCCUGGUCACGUACCUGGUGUUCCUCGGUCUGCUUUUUAGGCAAUCUAACGCCGACAAGUUCGAGACGCAUUGGGGAGCGCCCGAACUGGGCACGUGGUUGCCUAUCGUUUUGUUCGUGGUUGGCCACGUGUUGGAGAAGAUGAAGCUGCGGCUACAGCAGGGCCCGGAGCGGUUCUUCAAGAACCUGUGGAACGUGUUCGACACGGUCAAGCUGACGCUGUUCUCGUUAGCGUUCUUGUCCUGGACGGCUGCUGCCUUAGAUGUUAUUAGCCAGGGAUCCGAAGACCUGGACCGCAAGUACUGGCCCUGGAUGCACCCACAGCUGGUGGCCGAGAGCUUGUUCACCAUGGCCACCGUCAUGGCGUACCUGCGGCUACUAUUCCUGUGCCAGCUCAACUACUAUAUCGGCCCGAUGCAGGUGUCCCUAGGCAAGGUGUUGCAUGACUUUGGCAAGUUCACCACUUUCCUGCUGAUCAUCAUGGUGGCGUUCACGUGUGGCCUGGGCACAUAUUACUCGUACUACGCCGGGAUGGUGUACAAGGACCCGGAGACGGGCGAGACCUCCAGGCAGGAGGACUCGUUCAUCACGGUCGCUGACACGUUUAAGACCCUGUUCUGGGGCAUAUUCUGCAUGACGUCGCUUGACGCGCCCAACGUGGUGGUCGGCAACUCGGUGGCGGCCACUGGGCGCAUCGACGCGGCCACUCAAUCUCACCAGUUCACGCAGCUGGUGGGCUACGGGCUGUUCGCCGUGUUCGAGGUGCUCAUGGUCGUCGUCAUGAUGAACAUGCUCAUCGCUGCAAUGUCGGACACUUUUCAAGGAGUUACCGAUAACGCCGAGUACGAGUGGCUUUUUGGCCGGACCCAAGUGUAUGUCAGCUACAUGUUGAUCAACGACAUGCCACCGCCGUUCAACCUGUUGCCAACCACCGGCCUGCUGUUCUGCGCCAAGCGGCACGUGUCUAAGUCAUCGCAGGGCUACAGCCACUUGCCGGGCGACGACGGGAGAGGCGACUUGGACAGCCGCUCGACGGCCGCGGCCCCUGAGUUCCGCGAGCUCAUGGCCGAAAUCAUCAAGCGGUAUUUCACGAUGCACAGACCACUCGCUGAACACUGAUCGUCUACACGAUGAUUCUUAUUAUUAUUCGUCUCCCGGCCGCACUGCACGGUAUUCGCGCUCUGACAUACCACCCUAUACUACCACCCUAAUACCACACACCCUUACGCAUACCACCGCCCCUGAACGACACCAACCCGUUUGUCGUUAUUGCACAUUAUUUUAUUGUUGUUUAUAAUUUUUCAUCUGUCAACUUUUAUUUAAUAUUAUAAUGAAAACAUUAAAAAUAAUUUUAUCCCCCAUUGGUCACUGUUACGGCGAUAGGUUUCGGUGUGUGCAUUUUAUGCACGAUACUGUUGUCGCAUAAUGGAGAAAAGGCGUCAUAAUAAUAAAAAUAAGAAUGGGUAACUAUGGCUACCUUAACCGAAACUGGCCUCCUCUCGACGCCACACUAGAAAAAUUGAUCUAAAGAGAAACAACUGGAGUAGGUACAUUGUUGUGUAUUAUAUUUUAAUUGAUA